AUGAAGGAUAGAGGAUCUACUGGUUGCUUGGCUAUCCGUCAAAGAUACAUUGUUCUGGCAAUUGGAACACUAUGUAUUGCCUCGAUUGCUAGUAACAUGACGGUUAUUAAUUUCACUCAAAUUUGUAUGGCUCCAAAAAUCAACAAUACAGGACUCCAUCUUCAAUCUCCACUGAACGAGACUUCUCACAGCUCUUCUGCAUUUGAUAAUGACCAGAAGGCUUACAUUCAGUGGGCUGCUGCUAUUGGAACUUUGGCUGCUGCUUGGCCAUUCCAUUGGUUCUACCAACAAUAUGGAGCACGCACUGUCUUCUUCAUCGCCGGAGCAGUUUCCACCGUCGCGACGGUUGUGAUGCCUCUUGCUCAUCACACUCACUUCAAUUUUCUGGUGCUCGCUAGAUUUUUCCAGGGAGUAAGUUUCGGUGCAGAUUUUGCCGCUAUUGGACUUAUCGUUGUCAAUUGGGCUAGUUUGAAACAGCAUGGAUUGUUCAUCUCCCUGCUUUCUUCAUUUUCUCAAAUUUCGGUGAUGUUCACUAUGCCAGUUUCCGGAGAGCUCUGCGAAUCUCGAUGGGGAUGGGAAUCGGUGUACUAUGUGCAUGCUGCACUCAGUGGUUUCCUCUUCGUACUCUGGUUCUAUUUCUACAGAAACAACCCAACCAAACAUCCAAAAAUGACUGAAAUCGAACUCGAGAAGAUCCACCGCGGAAAAGGAGACGUCGAGGAGCAUGAAGCUGCCCCAAUUGCCAAAAUCAUGACCAACUCUGUGAUGCUCGCCGUCUGGCUCUCCGCCUUCGGAGAAUUGAUGAUGUCCCAAUUCAUUGUCAUGUACGGAUCCGUUUUUCUCAAAGAAGUCCUUGGAUUCGCCGUCAAUCACACUGGAUAUUUCGUCGCUGUUCCACGUGCUCUUCACUUGGGCUUCAAGGUUAUCUCUGGAAUUGCCAGUGACCGUAUUCAUUUCUGGUCCGAGAAAACCAAAAUGAGAAUCUUCAAUACAAUUGCUCUUAUGGUUUCUGGUGUCUUCUUCUGUGUUCUUGGAUAUCUGCCAAAGGAACAAGCCCAUCUCUCAGUGAUUGCUCUUCUCGUUAUUGAAUGCUCCACAGGAUUCAUCUGCGGAGGAUUUUACAAAUGUGCUACUCUUGUUGCCAGACAACACUCUCACUUCGUCCUCUCCCAAAUUCAGUUCAUCAAGUGCCUCUCAAUGUUCAUCGAACCACUUCUUGUCUACUUGAUCUGCGCUAACAACACUCUUGAAGAAUGGAGAAUUGUUUUCCUGACUCAUGGAGUUCUUCUAAUCGUUGGUAACGUGAUUUUCUGCUACUUCGCCACAGAUGAGCCAGCAGAUUUCACGCAUCACAAGCAAAACGGAGAGGAAAUGACCGAUGUUCCUCCAGAACGAAGAAGACUCACUGAAAACGAAGCGUAA